AAAUUGUUAGAGAGAAAGAGAGAAAGAGAUGGGAGGGAAAGGAAAGAAGAGGAGAGAGAAAAACUACCUCGCUGCUCACGGCGGACCGGCGAGACUACCGCCGCCGCCUGAUCGCUCGAAGCAAGAUGCUCUUCCUUCCAAGCUCCGCGUUCUCAUGAAUUACACCUCACCGUCUCCUCACGGUUCGACCAAACAAGCUUUAGAGAAGAAAGAAAAGAAUACGAAAGCCGGAGUAAAUGCUUCCAAGAAAGUCAAGCCUGGGAGUGAGAUCAAGUCGGAAGCAAAGAUGGUUGAGGAAAGAAAAUCUGAGGGUUACACAACCUCUUCUGAUCAGGAGAAUGAUGAUGGAGAUGAUAUAAUGUUGAAGAAGGGAGACGAAAAGAAGAAGAAUAAGAGGAAGAGGAAUCAAAUAAACGACCUUCGUUUCGAAAAGGAACUUGCGGAGUUGGAUGGUCGGUCAAAAAGGAAAGAACGCAAGAAGAAGUACUGGGAGGCCAAGAAGCAGAAAAAGAAUCAAGGAAAGACAGAAGAUACUCUCCGAGAAAACUUCCCAAAGCAUGAACAGAUCAGAUUUGGCGAUGUGGUGCAAGCUCCGCCAAAGCUAGCUGUUAUACCAAAGGCACGAAAGUCUACUAUGAGUGCUUCCCAGGAAAGGCAGCGAUUAGAAGCCAUUGAAGCCUACAGAUCUCGAAAUGGAUGGACCUCAAGACCAGGUGUUCACAUUCCUUCCAUGGUCAUGCAAUAAGAUGGCCCCACGAACUUAUUUUUGUAGACUCGUCUGCCUUUUUUGUACUAGCUAGCUGGCUGUAAAAUUAGUCCCCUUCUUCUUCGGAUUCUAAUUUGCUACUGGAAAAAAAAUAGAAAGAUCUCUUUCAAUAUGUAAAAGCGGAUUAUUUAGUACAAUGUAAGGUUUUGGUGUCUGUUUCCAUCUUUCUUGAGGAU